ACUGUAUAUACAUUUUUUUUUUUAUCAAAUGGGAAUUAAUAGGUUGCACAAAAAACAGCGUAGGAGAAAUCAAAUAGAUUCAUGCAGCGCUGGUAGUACAUGGUUGCAUAGUAGUGUACGAGCACAGUGUGGAGAUGCUUUUGCUUUGAAACUUCAGUUAGGGCUAAAAUCAUCUACUUUCCUUCUAGUUAGAGAAAUGGCAUCUACCGGCAAUCCUCCAGGUCAGGGUUUUCAAAAUAAAAACCGAGUGGCUAUCCUGGCAGAAAUAGACAAAGAAAAGAAAAGGCUGCAGAACCAGUCAAUGAAUAACCCUGGAGCCAGCAUUCCUCUAUCAAGACCUGCCCUGAACAAAGAUUUUCGAGACCACGCUGAGCAGCAGCACAUAGCAGCACAGCAGAAGGCAGCCCUGCAGCAUGCCCAUGCACACUCGUCAGGCUUCUUCAUAACUCAGGAUUCUUCAUUUGGAAAUCUUAUUCUUCCUGUCCUGCCACGACUUGACCCAGAAUAAGGCGGUGUGUACUUGAUCCGAGAUCUGAAGGAAAGACUCGGUCAUACAUUCCUUCUCGUAUUGUGGAGGAAAAAAAAUACAAUUAAAACUUUCAUUGCAAUUCUUCAGCAUCAGAAUUUCCCCCCUUCCCCCCCAACAGUAAAAUUUGACUGCUCCAGAUAUUUGUAUCUUUCAAAGACGACCGUACAGAGCAAUUUUGUAAAAUGUUCAGCUUGGCUUAACUGUAAAGAACAACAUUUGAUAAUGGAACAUUACAAGCCUGUUAUUUACCCAUAAUGACCAUGUUUCAGAUUUCUCUGCCUGGUGACUGUAUGUUAGCUUUUCACAGUCAGUUUUCUGUGCACAUUUUUAUAAUUUACAUUUUUCAAUAAAGUCUGAAAAUGUGGUGUUA